AUGGCAGCACACCGCGUUCACGAUAGCAGCACACCGUUCGCAAUGGCAGCACACGUAACGUUCGCAAUGGUAGCACAACGUUCACAAUGGCAGCACACCGUUCACGAUAGCAGCACACCGUUCACGAUGGUAGCACAACGUUCACAAUGGCAGCACACCGUUCACCAUGGUAGCACAACGUUCACAAUGGCAGCACACCGUUCACGAUGGCAACACAACGUUCACGCGAUGGCAACACGACGUUCACGAUGGCAGCACACCGUUCACGAUGGUAGCACAACGUUCACAAUGGCAGCACAAUGCUCCCAAUGCCAGCACAACGUUCACGAUGGCAGCACACCGUUCACGAUGGUAGCACAACGUUCACAAUGGCAGCACAAUGCUCCCAAUGCCAGCACAACGUUCACGAUGGCAGCACACC